GUUUGAAUUAUUAGAGGUUUUGAGUUUUGAUUCUGUGAGACGGCGAAUGAGUGUAAUUGUUAAAUCUUCAACAGGUGAUAUAUUUCUGUUUUGUAAGGGAGCAGAUUCUUCCAUAUUUCCUAGAGUUAAAGAAGGCAAAGUUGACCAAAUACGAUCCAGAGUUGAACGCAAUGCAGUGGAGGGACUGCGGACAUUGUGUGUUGCAUAUAAAAAGCUCACAGCGGAAGAAUAUAGCAAUGCACAGAAGCUGCUUCAGAAUGCAAAGUUGGCCCUCCAGGACCGGGAAAAGAAAUUGGCAGAAGUGUAUGAGAAGAUCGAAAGAGAUUUUAUUUUACUUGGUGCUACAGCUGUUGAAGAUCGACUACAGGAAAAAGCUGCUGACACUAUUGAAGCACUCCAGAAAGCUGGAAUUAAAGUUUGGGUUCUGACGGGAGACAAAAUGGAGACUGCUGCAGCGACUUGCUAUGCUUGCAAACUCUUCCGGAGAAAUACACAAAUACUUGAGCUAACCACAAAGAAAAUUGAGGAACAGAGUUUACACGAUGUGCUUUUUGACCUAAGCAAAACUGUUCUAAGACACAAUGGCAGCUUAACCAGGGAUACUUUCUCAGGACUUUCAACUGAUAUGCAAGAUUAUGGUUUAAUUAUUGAUGGAGCAGCAUUAUCAUUAAUAAUGAAACCGAGACAAGAUGGGAGCUCUGGUAACUACAGAGAGCUCUUUCUUGAAAUUUGCAGGAACUGCAGUGCCGUGUUAUGCUGUCGAAUGGCACCUCUGCAAAAAGCACAGAUUGUAAAAUUGAUUAAGUUAUCAAAGGAGCAUCCUAUCACAUUAGCAAUUGGUGAUGGAGCAAAUGAUGUCAGUAUGAUUCUAGAAGCACAUGUUGGUAUAGGAAUCAUUGGCAAAGAAGGUCGUCAAGCAGCAAGAAACAGUGACUAUGCAAUACCUAAAUUUAAACAUUUGAAAAAAAUGUUGCUUGUUCAUGGGCAUUUUUAUUAUGUUAGGAUAUCUGAACUUGUGCAAUACUUCUUUUAUAAGAAUGUCUGCUUCAUUUUUCCUCAGUUUUUAUAUCAGUUCUUCUGUGGGUUUUCACAACAGACUUUGUACGAUACUGCAUAUCUAACACUGUACAAUAUCAGCUUCACUUCCCUUCCUAUCCUCUUGUAUGGUCUAAUGGAACAACACGUCAGUGCAGACACGCUCAAGAGAGAGCCUUCCCUCUACAGAGAUGUUGCCAAGAAUGCUUUGCUGCGCUGGCGUGCAUUUAUUUAUUGGACAUUCCUAGGAGUGUUUGAUGCUGUGGUAUUUUUCUUUGGUGCCUAUUUCUUGUUUGAGAACACAGUUGUGACCAGCAAUGGACAGCUAAUGACAACCAGCACUCACAUGAUGUUUGGAAACUGGACCUUUGGAACACUGGUGUUUACCGUACUCGUGUUCACGGUUACACUGAAGCUUGCACUAGAUACACACUAUUGGACGUGGAUAAAUCACUUCAUGAUCUGGGGAUCACUGGUAUUCUACAUUAUCUUUUCUCUGCUCUGGGGAGGAAUUAUUUGGCCUUUUCUCAAUUAUCAGAGGAUGUAUUAUGUGUUCAUGCAAAUGCUGUCUAGCGGUCCUGCGUGGCUGGGUAUAAUUCUGCUCAUAACUGUCAGCCUUCUUCCAGAUGUUCUCAAGAAGGUCUUAUGCAGACAGUUGUGGCCUACAGCAACAGAAAGAAUCCAGAAUGCAUCAAGGCACUGUCGGGAGCACAUCUCGGAAUUCACACCUCUUGCCUGUCUGAAAAGCCCAGGAUACAGGAGCAGUGACUGCAGCAAUUCCCCAGCAAGAAGGUCUAAUUCUCAUUCUAAAAAAAUGAUGUUUACGCACUGGAGAGGCGUUGAUUAUUCAGUACUUCCGUCUGUCUUUGGCUAUGCAAAUAAGCAUUGCCGUGCCAGUGCGGGCUACCGCUACAGUGGGUCAGGUUUGGAAACCUCUGUAUGACAGAACACCAAGUCAAGCCUUUAAAAACUGUAUUUUUGUUCAUUUCUUUUUUCAGGAAACAAACAUGUCACAGAAAUAUAUUAAAUUAUACGUGGCUUUUGCUGUCUGAGGUAGUGUUCAGACAAACAGGAUCAAGAGCUAGGAGUACGAACCCUUCCAGGCCCAUAGCCCUCUUUUUAUGUUUUGAACUGCUGGAGCAAUGAACAAUCUGCACAGUCUGGUACUGUGAGACUGGUAGCACUAAAAAUU